AUGUACAACAGUAUUCCCGUAACAAAUGCUGAAGAAUCCAUUAAAAAUUGGUUGGAAACCAUAAAUACAUUAGAUAAUUCAAAGGUAAAUGAAUACAUGCGUCUUGUCCAUUUAUGUUUUUCGAAAAACUAUGUGCAAUUUAAUGGUGAGGUCUAUGAGCAAAUUGAUGGCUUAGCAAUGGGUAAUCCCUUAUCUGCUUUUGCAGCAAAUUGUUUCAUGGCUGAAUUUGAAACAAAAGCCAAGAAAAAUUGCCCUGAUUUUCCAUUUUUAUGGGUUAGAUAUGUUGAUGACACUUAUAUUAUCAUUCAUAAAGACAAGCUCAACGUAUUUCUCAAUUUUUUGAACAAUGUUAUGCAUGGUAUAAUAAAAUUCACUUUUGAAACAGAAGUGAAUUUUUGUCUACCAUUUUUAGACCUUAUGGUAAAAAGAGUUGAGAGUUAUCUUGAGUUUGAUAUUUAUCGAAAACCAACAAAUACUGAUAGAUGUAUUCCAUCAAACUCUUACCACCCAAACCAAACUGAGUUUGCAGCAUUUAAUUCUUAUUGUUACCGUGCUGUUCAUGUUCCUCUUAACAAAAACAAUUUCAUCAAAGAAAUGGAAACUAUUCAUAGAAUAGCUACAAUGAAUGGUUAUAGCAUAAAAAUUGUCAAUUCUUUAUUAAAAAAACAUAUAAGAAAAAAGGAGUUGAGAGACUUCACAACUUUAGUAUCUAAUAAAGAAAAAGCUAUCACUUACAUGGGUGGUACGUUUGUAGAAGGGUUGACAUAUUCUUUGAUGAAAGUGCUUAAUAAUUAUUCAAUCAAAUUAUCACCGAACAGUACUGGUAAUAAAAUAAAAACUUUGAUUGGCACUGUAAAAGACAAGACUGACACUCUUGACAAAUCUGGAAUUUAUUCCGUUAUUUGUCAAGAUUGUAAUGAAGUUUACAUUGGCCAAACGAGAAGAACGGCUAAAAUAAGAUGGUGA